AUGAAUAGGGAGGAUUUAGCCAUUUUUCCACACACUCCGUAAUUCUAGACUAUUUACAAUCCAACUCUUGUACAUCCUAUGAGCGCAUUUGUUUCGAGAUCUUCUUACAAAAAUAAUUAAUUAUAACGAAACAAAUUAAAUAGGUUUAAUGUUGAACAAUACUAUUCUAAAAGAUAACACGAUUAAAGACACAUCUCUUUGCCAAGAGCAUUAUAAGCAGUUAAAAAACAAUAAAAUGAAUAGUAGAGAAGGGGAUCACAUUACAAGGAAGCAACAAUAAGUAUAGUAUAUCCAGAUUCAAAGAAUGAAGAUUCAAUUGUCUCAAAAAUAGACAAACUUUCAAAUUUAUAAAAUAACUUAUAAGGAGUACAUAUGGAUCUUGUUGAAGAAAAGAAAACAAACAUAAUCGACCUUAAAAAAUCUUAUACAAGGUUCAAGGAGACCUCGAAAACUAAAACUCUUUUAAGCACUAUUUUAAGAGGGUUCUAAUGUAAAUAAAAUGAUUUUGAUAAUGAUAAUCUCAUUUAAAUUAUGGGACUGCAAAUCAAAGCAUCGAAAUAAUAAGAACAAUAGGCUUUUAGGACUAAAGCAUAUUCUUUAGAAAAGGAAAGAGAAUCCAUAAAAACUUCAAUAGAAAAAAGGGAAACCACAACUCGUUCAGUACAAAAAAGAAGGGAAUCUCCAUAAAGCAAGAUAAAAAAUGUUUCAUAAUCAAACAUGAAAAUAAAUCAAAAUUUUCGAUUUUCAUUAAAUGAAUAUUCAAAUUUGAGUAGAGAUCAACUAUUUUAAACAAAAUUGUUCAGCUACCAUCACUUCUUAUUUAUGGUUUCUGCAUAGAGUAAUUUUUAUGUGGUUCCAUCAAACAAUUUAAUCGAAUUAAAAUUUAAAGUUGGCAAAGGAAACAACAGUUUACUCAUUAAAGAAACUUUUAAAUAAAGAUGGUGGUGGACAUUAAAUUAAGAAGCCGAUAAUAAGGAAUUAAAUUUUAUUUGGACUUAAAUCAAGGUACCUUAAUUUAUGAAUCUAUAAGAAUGGAGUAAGGAAUCAGUCUUAACUCGUUAAAAAUCAUUAUCUACUACAUCAACAGAAUUAAAAAGAAUGAAAAAACCUUAAUCUCCCAAAUCAUUAAAAAAAUCUACAAGAUUCGGUAAAUUCGAUGAUCCUUUACAAAAACUGAUGAAUGAUUAAGAUAUCUGUGAACUUAAGAACAUUGAUAAGUCGAUUUAAGACUUUUAAAAAUAUGCAGAAAAAAAGGAAUUUAAAAUCAUUGACAAUUUUCAUAAAAUUCACAAUCAUAUUGAAAGGAAUUAUCACUUAGGAAAUAAAAAAGCAAUGUUCCACAACAUGAAAAAGUUUUAUGAGUUAACAAAAUAAGAUCUAUUUUAACAUCUACCCGUUACAUUCCAUGUCUCAGGAGUUAAGGAUAAGUCAUACUUGUAAUUUUUGGAAUAUUAUAAAGAAAAGAAGGGAAACGGUAUAUGGAUAGUAAAGCCUGGAGAAUUCACAAAUAGAGGAAAUGGAAUUAUAGUCUGCCAAAAUUUAAAUGAAAUACAUAGAAUUGUCAGUAAAAGAUAAAACCACCCUAAUGGGAAACCUUUUACUUAUUUGAUUCAAAAGUAUAUUGAGAAACCUUUUCUAUACAAUAAAAGAAAAUUUGAUAUUCGAUGCUAUUUUCUGAUAACCUAACUAAAUAAUGUAAUCAGAGCCUAUUGGUAUGAAGAAGGAUAUUUAAGAACUUCGAGUGAAGAGUUUGACAUAAAAGAUGUAAGUAAUUAGUAUGUUCAUUUAACUAAUGAUGCCAUUUAGAAAUAUAGUGAAGCAUAUGGAAAAUAUGAAAAUGGAAAUAAACUAUCCUUUGCUGAAUUUUAAAGGUAUCUAGAUAAAUGGCAUAAUAAUGAUCAUUUCGACUUUUAUAAAGAUUUGUACCCUUAAUUAAAAGUCAUAACAUUAAAUGCUAUUAAAUCAGUAUAUCAUAAGAUUGAACCAUUCAAAAAGAAUUAUAACUUUGAAAUUUUUGGAUUAGAUUUUAUGAUUGAUGAAAAAUUUAAACCUUAUCUAAUUGAAAUAAAUACAAAUCCUUGUUUAGAAUUAAGUUCACCAUUAUUAGGUAGAAUAAUACCAGCCAUGGUUGAAAAUGCCUUUAGAUUAUCUAUUGAUACUUUGGUACCACCACCUGAAUCAUCAGCAUGGCCUCCAAAUAAAAAACAUCUAUUAUUUUAUGAUAAUCUGUUGGAAAAUAAUAGAUUUUAAUUAUUGUUUGAUGAAAAGGAUGAUGCCUUAGAUUUGAAAAACUUGUAUAGCAAUUAAAUUAAUGAUGAUCAAAUUGAUGAAAUGAAUGAGGAAGAAGAAGAAUACAAAUCAGAUGAUGAUUGA